AUGAAUCGUGCAGUACCAUUGAAUUUUGUACAAAGCCUUUAUAAUACAUCUGCUCAGCAACAGCCACACACUAUCCUUAGUAAAAGGUCUAUUACGUCUGCUAAUGAAUCUAUGAAACUUCCAAAAACACCUAAACCAAGACAACGUCCUACAGAUCGCUCUAUUUCAGCAAAAAUAGAAGCACUUGUUCCAGAUUCUAAAUUAUACCAUGAACUUCGGGAUAUUGAGAGGAGAUUAGAUGCAGUAAUAACACGAAAGAGGUUUGAUAUUCAAGAUGCGAUUAAUAAAGGCUCCAAAAUAAAAGGAACACUUCGAGUGUUUGUUUCAAAUAUUUCAUCCAACCAACCGUGGCAAGUAACAGAUAAAGGUCUGGAUCAUCAUGCAUUUGAUUUUGAUACGGGAAUGAUUCCUACAUGGACCCUUCGUAUAGAAGGAAAGUUAUUAGGAAACACAGAUAUAGCAAAAGAACGAAGAAAAUUUUCAAGUUUUAUCAAAAGUAUUGUAGUGGAAUUGGAUAAAAACAAUAAGUUUUUAUCAAACGGAAGCAUUGCUAAAUGGCAUAAAUCAUCAUCAAAUGCAGAGUUUGACGGUCUUGAAAUUAAAAGAAGAGGGGACAUGAAUAUAGAUAUUAGAAUUUUGAUUUAUCUCAAUGAAUAUCCAGAAAAAUAUAAGCUAAGUCCCAAACUAAGUCAAAUUCUUGAUAUGAAAUCAGAAACUCACCCAGAAAUCAUUAUGGGACUUUGGGAAUAUAUUAAAUUUCAUAAGCUACAAGAUGACGAGGAAAAAAGGAUCAUUAAUUGUGAUGAAAACUUAAAAGAGAUUUUUUCUAUGGACAGAAUAUUCUUUCCAAAAAUACCAGAAAUGAUAAAUAAUCAUUUACUUCCAAUGGAUCCAAUUGUUAUUAAAUAUACGAUUUGUACGGAUAAAUGCGUCAAUAUAUCAGAAUUCGCAUAUGAUAUUCAAGUAGAUAUAGAUGAUCCAAUACGCGAAAAAAUGAUAAAUAUUCUUUCUUCGAUAUCCUCACAUAAAAAAAUAGAAGAAUUAGAUGAUCAAAUUGCUUCAGUUAUUCAAGAAAUUAACAGUUCUAAAGUAAAACACAGUUUUUUUGAAAGAUUUGCGCAAAAUCCUGCGGUAUUCAUCAAGAAAUGGCUAUCUAGUCAAUCUCGUGAUUUGGAAAUUAUACUUGGAGAUAAUGAUUCUCGUGAACGUAUUGGUAUCGAAGAUAAACAACGAAGUGAAUUUUAUAGCAAAGAUUGGGUUCAUGAAAGUGUAUUUCAUUAUUUGAGCCGCCAAGAAAGUAAGCGCAUGCAGGAACUUCAUUCAAAACAAAGAUAACUAUUUUUGAAUAAAAACUUUUUAUGUGAUUCUGGG